AAACUUUUAGUCAAUGCAGAACACGUGAAGGCAAAUGGGAAGAAAUCAAGAAAGAGCAAUCUUCCCUACUUUUUAGUGUUUACGGGUUGCGGCAAAUCUGUUUGCUACUGCGCCAAUUUCCUUUUUUUGUCUCAAUUCUCCCUCCUUUUGCCAAUUCUAUAUAUUCCCAGGGUUUAAUUGGAUUUGGGUUGUUUUAGAUUUCGGUGAACCGUUUAUUGAUAUUUACACAAUGAAAAGUGUUGUUUAGUUUAUAGGAGAGAAGUGGAGAAUUAAUAGGAAGUGUUAGCCCCCCCCCCCCCCCGGGUUAUAGAUGGCUUCUCCUCCAUUUGAAGUGGAGGAUCAAUUGGAUGAGGAUUUCUUUGAUAAAUUGGUCAAUGAUGAUGACAACUUUGAUUUUUCUGGAUCCACCCAUAAACAUGUAGUAGAAGCUGCUGAUUCCGAAGAAGUAAAGGCUUUUUCUAAUUUGAUUAUUAAUAAAACGAGUCCUUCUGGGAUUGAGUCUGGUGGAAAGGAUGUUGAUAUUGGUACAGGAGAUGAAAAGCGUGUAGAAGAUGCUGAUUUUUUGGCAUUAUUGGGUGCUGAUGAGGGUAAUGUGGCAGCUAAUGAGAGCAGUUCACUGGUAUCUAGUAAUGCUAAUUUGAUUAUUUGUGAAACAAGUCCUUCUGGGGUUGAGUCCGGCGAAAAGGAUGUUGAUAUUGGUACAGAAGCUCAAAAGGGUGUAGAAGAUGCUGAUAUUUCGGCAUUAUUGGAUGCUAAUGUGGGUAAUGUGGCUACUAAUAAGAGCAGUUCACUGAUACCUAGUACUGCGAAGGAGUGCAGUGUGACAGGGAUGGGAGAGGAGGGUGUGUUGGAUAGUGGUUCCUGUAAGACUGAUAUAGCUUCAGGUACUGGUGUGAAAGAGGUUCAGUGGAGCUCAUUUGACUCUGAUUCAAAUGUUCAUUAUAGUGGUGGAUCUAGGCCAUUCUCGGAAAUUUUUAAUGAUCUUGGGGAUAACUCUGAGGACCCUUUCUCUGAAGUGGGGAAUAAGGAUGAUAUGGUCAAGGAAUUUGAUGCGACAGUUGGUGUAUCAGAGAAUACAUUUUCUGAUUUGGCUUCAUCUAGUCAUCCACAAAAUAAUGAUGGUCAAUACUAUGGCAUGGGAUUAGAACAAAAUGUAGAUGGGCAGGAUUUUAGCAGUUAUCAGUACUGGGAAAAUCUUUAUCCAGGAUGGAAAUAUGAUCCAAAUAGCGGGCAAUGGUAUCAGGUAGAGGGAUAUCUGAAUACAGUAAUGAAUUCACAGGAGAGGUUUGGUGUGACACAUUCAGAUAGUGGUUAUCUUAUUUCAGAUGGAAAAAUGGACGCACAGUCUUUGCAGCAAACAAAUCAGUCUGCUGCAGGAACUUUCUCCGAGGACUUUGGGAAUUCAGAUACCUCAAACUGGAAUUGGAAUUCACAAGGAAAUGCAGACUACCCUGCACACAUGGUGUUUGAUCCCCAGUACCCUGGUUGGUACUAUGAUACAAUUGCCCUAGAAUGGAAGAUGUUGGAGUCUUAUACUCCAACUGUAGAACAGUCAACAAUCAUGAAUAAUGAUUGGCUAUAUCAAAAUAAAAAUAUUGAAAGCGAUGAGUUCCAAGCUUUAGGUAGUCAAGACUUUUAUAUGAAUCAGUGUGAAUCUGCAGGCAACUACCAUCAGCAAUUUUCAAAUAGUUUCCAAGAUUACUCAGUUUGGAAGAGCGAAACAGGUUUUUCUUCGGAAACCAAGCAAUUAGGAAACAUUUACAGUCCUGCAGAUCAUGUAGAUAAUCAUGCAGAUCAACAAAAUGGAUUUGAACCUUCUAGAUCGGUUGAUCCUUAUAAACAGCAAACUCAGACUUUUCUACCUGGUGGUGAGAUAUCUAGGUUUGACAGUUUUAUUCCAGCUCAGAGUUAUACUCCAUUUAAUAAUCAGACAACUGUUCAGCCAGAGCAACAUAUGCAAUUCACACCGGCUUUCAUUGAUGCUCAGAAAUCAGGAAAUCAUUCUCAAAAGCCACUUCAAAUAGGCACUUCAUUUUCUUCUUCACCCAUUGAGGGAAGGUCUUCUGCUGGGCGCCAUCCCCAUGCACUAGUGACUUUUGGAUUUGGUGGAAAACUUGUGGUCAUGAGCAACAACAAUUUGUUUCACACAAGUGCAACGUAUGGGAACCAGGGCUCUGUAGGAGGUGUGAUAAGUGUACUAAAUUUGGUGGAAGUUGUCACAGACAACAGUAAUGCUUCUAGCUUCGGAUUUGGUGCCCAAGAUUACUUCCAGUCAUUGUGCCAACAACCUUUACCUGGUCCUCUGGUUGGUGGGAAUGUUGGAAAUAAAGAGUUGUAUAAGUGGAUUGAUGAAAGGAUUGCACACUGUGAAUCUUCAAGUGUGGGCUAUAGAGGAGAAGUUUUGAGGUUGCUUUUUUCUUUACUGAAAAUUUCAUGUCAAUACUAUGGAAAACUUCGGUCUCCUUUUGGUACUGACCAAACUUUGAAGGAGAGUGAUUACCCAGAGUUAGCCAUUACUAAGCAUUUAGGGUCUGUCAAAGGGAAGGGAGUGCAAUCAGGCUCACACAGUGCUGUUGUUCACUGCUUGCAGAACUUGCCAUCAGAAGCACAGAUUCAGGCUACUGCUCUAGAGGUACAGAGUCUUCUUGUCUCUGGUAGAAAGAAGGAAGCACUAGAAUUCGCACGAGAAGGUCAACUGUGGGGGCCAGCCCUUGUUAUUGCAUCUCAGCUCGGUGAUCAGCUUUAUGGAGAUACCGUGAAGCUAAUGGCACUCAAGCAAUUAAAAGCUGGGUCACCAUUGCGGACAUUAUGCCUAGUAGUUGCAGGCCAACCAGCAGAUGUGUUUUCCACAGUUUCCUCCGGUAGGGAUCUCCCUGGUUAUGUAAAUACUCCCAACCAGCCUGGACAGGUUGCAGCUAAUAUGUUGGAUGGAUGGGAAGAGAACUUAGCCAUCAUAACUGCUAAUAGAACAAAAGAUGAUGAACUUGUUAUUAUUCAUCUUGGAGAUUGCUUGUGGAAGGAGAGGAGUGAGGCUGCUGCUGCGCACAUAUGCUAUUUAAUUGCAGAAGCCAACUUUGAGCCUUAUUCAGAUGGUGCUAGACUUUGUCUUAUUGGUGCUGAUCAUUGGAAUUGUCCACGAACAUAUGCUAGUCCCGAGGCAAUUCAGAGGACAGAACUAUAUGAGUACUCAAAGGUGCUUGGAAAUUCUCAGUUUCUCCUACUACCUUUUCAGCCAUAUAAGCUUAUUUAUGCUUACAUGCUGGCCGAAGUUGGGAAAAUGGCUGAUUCUUUGAAAUACUGUCAAGCCAUUUUGAAGUCUUUGAGAACUGGCCGAACAUCUGAAGUGGAAACUUGGAAACAAUUAGUGUCAUCUCUGGAGGAACGAUUAAGAAUCCACCAGCAGGGUGGUUACUAUACAAACUUGGCUCCAACUAAACUGGUCGGUAAAUUGCUCACGUUUUUUGAUAAUACUGCUCGUGUUGUUGGAGGCCAACCUCCACCUCUUCCUUCUACAUCGCAUAGCAGUGUUCAUCAAAAUGAAUUUACCCACCAACCACGGGCCUUGAACACAUCUGACAGUCAACCUACAAUGUUAAUGCAACCACUAUCAUCUUCUUCAUCAGAGGAAUCGACAAUGGCCAUGACAUCAUUGAUGCCUUCUGCGUCAAUGGAACCCAUUAGUCAAAGGACUAGUCAGACUGACCUACCAGCAAUGGCUAGUAGAAGCAUCUCUGAGCCAUACUUUGGUCAAAGUGAUAGAAAGGUUAAUUCAUCCAGUGAAGCCAACUCAUCUGUGAAACAAGAAAAAACAGCAGUGUCAAGUGGGCCUUCUCGAUUUGGUCGUUUUGGCUCACAGCUAUUCCAAAAGACUGUUGGUUUGGUCCUAAGAUCUCGACCUGAUCGCCAGGCUAAACUGGGUGAGGAGAACAAAUUUUAUUAUGAUGAAAAGCUCAAAAGAUGGGUUGAGGAAGGAGCUGAGCCUCCGGCAGAGGAAACAGCAUUGCCACCUCCACCCACUAGCUCAACUUUCCUGAAUGGAGUAAAUGAUCCGAGUGUAAAAGAUACCCCCCAAACCAAAAGCUUUCACGCAAGUAGUGAAAAUAAAAGCUCCAACUCUUCUGAACGGAGCUCAGGUAUUCCACCAAUUCCACCCAGUUCAAACCUGUACUCUGCUCGUGCUCGAAUGGGUGUCCGCUCAAGGUAUGUUGACACAUUCAACAAGGGUGGAGGCAGCCCUGUAAAUUUUUUCCAGUCUCCUGUUCCAUCUGCAAAACCAAUGGCUGGUUCUAGUCCCAAGUUUUUCGUCCCUUCUAUGGUUACUCCCGCUGAAGACAUGGUUCAAAAUACCGGGGAAAGCAUUCAGGAAGUAGUCAUGAGCAAUGAAAGUCCAGCAACAUCUUAUAAGCAAGAUUUACCUCCACCAACAACAACGAGUAUGCAACGGUUUCCUAGCAUGGAUGCUAUUGUGCACAAAAGCGUAGCAGCAGCAUCUGAUGGCAACUCUCGACGUAUAGCAUCUUGGAGUGGAAGCCUGAGUAAUGGUUCCAAUCUCUCUACAACCUGGAACGAAAUAAAACCUCCACAAGAAGCCCUACGUAUACCUCACACUGACCCUAGUUCUGGGGAAGACCUUCAAGAAAUAAAGUUUUGAGGCAUUUGGAUCGAGAAGUGGUGAUUAUGCUCUCGUAGCACUCAUCAAACCGUCACCCGCCAUUUUGGUUUUUGGGAAAGAUGAUGUGGGGGAGCUGGGAACGGCAGAGGCUUGAGUUUGGGUUUUGGUGAGGUGUAAUUCAGGCCGAGAAUUGGUCUGAGUACAAAUCUUGUUGGGCCAUUUCCCUGACUUGGUGUCCCAAAAUGACCGGAGAAUUCAGCUGCCUGCGUUACUUGCUGUACAGGUAAAAGGGCCAUUCAUCAUUCACCCAAAGCGAAAGACCAAUAUAGCUCUUCCGCCAAUAAAUUGGAACCACCUCUUAUUACUUGCCAACUUGUAUUGGAACUGUACUUUCUUUUAUGCCG